CUCACACAUACACAGUCAUCGUCUUCCAAUCCAAGCCGCCAUCAAAAUCAAAAGCUUCCCCAGCAAUAGCACUGAUUGAUUUACCAAAGCAAAGCGAAGGGGGCGCCUUCCCUGGAGAAAGAAACCCCACUCCCAACUCCCUCCCGGCCUCCCCUCCCCUCCCCUCCUCCGCCCACAUGGCGCUCGAGGCGCAGGCCUCCCCGUCGCCGCGCCGCUCCCCGCCGCGCGCGCCGGAUGCGGCGGCGGAUCCUCCGGCGCGCGAGGCGGCGGCGGGGGACGAGUGGCCGGACCCGGAGGAUCCCCCCGCCGGCGCCGCCGCCGCCCCGCCGGGCUCCCCUCCCGCGGACCCCUCCACGGCCGUCGUCGUCGCGUCGCGGCACCACGCCUCGGCCGCCAAGUACGUGCCGCCGCGCGCCGCGUCCCGCACCGCCGACCCGGACCCCGCCCGCGCCGCGGGGUGGUACUCGUGGAGCGGCCGCCGCAGCGCACCUCCUCCCCCACGCCGCGCUCGCCCCGAUCCGCCGCCCCCGCGGCGACAGCGCCCCGCGGAGGUGGCGCCACCACCACCGCAGCCGCAGGCGCCGGCUCCCGCUCCUCCCCCAGCUCCCGUUCACGCUCCGGCUCCGCCCCCAACCCGGGCCCCUGCCCCGCCUCCGGCUCAGGUUAGGUCGGCCGACCCGGUGGUGUCCAUCCUGUCGCGCAAGCGGCGGGCCGCGGUGAUGCAGUGCACCGCGCUCGUGGCGAGGGGCGCGGCCGCGGGGCUCUGCCUGGCCGCGCUCGCGGUGCUCGCCGCCGACACCCGCAAGGGCUGGGCCCGCGACUCCUACAGCAACUACAGCCAGUUCCGGUACUCGGAGGCGGUGAACGUGAUCGGGUUCGUGUACUCGGUGUUCCAGUUCGCCGCGCUGGUCGGGCUCAUGAGGAACAAUCAGCAUUUGAUCUCCCAUCCCAAGCGUGGCCUCUUCGACUUCACCAUGGAUCAGGUGCUUGCGUACCUUUUGAUAUCGUCAUCAUCAUCGGCAACUGCUCGAGUAGGUGACCUGAUUGACAACUGGGGAAGCGACCCCUUCCCGAGCAUGGCGAACGGCUCCAUCGCCAUAUCUUUCAUGGCUUUCAUAGUUUUUGCCAUCUGCUCCCUCAUCUCCGCGAACAAUCUUUUCCGCCGAGACAUGUAGCUGCUCCUGCCAACUUCUUGUUGCCCUUCCAUUUCUGGACAAAGUUUUCAGCACAGACUUCAUUGUAUUGUGAAUGUAUAUAUAAUAUAUGAUGUGAACUCUAAAACUUCUAGGAAUAAUAUAUAAACAUAUCGAAGGGCAGCUCACUUCUGUGUUGAGCAAAACCCAAAAGUUCCA